GCGCGGCCGCGGCAGUCGCAGCGGGGCCAUCUUCGGCGGGCUUGGCCAGUGCCCUGCGCACCUGUGCCCCCCGCCUGCCCGAUGGCGCCGCGGCCGCUGGGCCCCUUGGCCCUGGCGCUGGGCGGCGCUGCGGCCGUGCUCGGCUCGGUGCUCUUCAUCCUCUGGAAGACCUACUUCGGCCGCGGCCGGGAGCGGCGCUGGGACCGCGGCGAGGCCUGGUGGGGCGCGGAGCCUGCCCGUCUCCCCGAGUGGGAUGAGUGGGACCCCGAGGACGAGGAGGACGAGGAGCCGGCGCUGGAGGAGCUGGAGCAGCGUGAGGUGCUGGUGCUGGGGCUGGACGGCUCUGGGAAGAGCACGUUCCUGCGCGUGCUGUCGGGAAAGCCGCUGCUGGAAGGCCACAUACCCACCUGGGGCUUCAACUCUGUGCGGCUGUCCACCAAGGACUUCGAGGUGGACCUGCUAGAGAUUGGUGGCAGCCAGAACCUGCGCUUCUACUGGAAGGAGUUUGUGAACGAGGUGGACGUACUGGUGUUUGUGGUGGACUCAGCGGACCGGCUGCGACUGCCUUGGGCCCGGCAGGAGCUACACAAACUGCUGGACAAGGACCCUGACCUGCCUGUCGUCGUGGUGGCCAACAAGCAGGACCUGAGCGAGGCCAUGAGUGUGGUGGAGCUGCAGCAGGAGCUGGGCCUGCAGGCCGUUGCCACCCAGCGGGAGGUUUUCCUCCUAGGAGCCAGCAUUGCCCCUGCAGGACCUGCAGAAGCACCCGGCACUGUACACAUCUGGAAACUGCUCCUGGAGCUUCUCUCCUAGGCCGGGGUCUACUUCCUCACACCCAGCCCUGGGGACCGCAGAUCCACUGCUGCUUCUGCUGCUUCGUUGCCAGCCUGGGCCUGGGGCAAAAGCCAGGUGGCAGCACUUCCCUCCUCCCCUUCUUGCCCUCUCAAGAGCAGGGCCUGGGCAAGGCCAAGAACCGUGCACAUGCCUUCCUGAGGAGGUGGCCGUGAGGCUGAAGCAGGGAGGUGGAUGAGACAGAGUGGGAGAGGAUGGUGUCUGGCUCGUUCCAGGCUGGAGGGUGGAUCCCCUCUCUUGUCUGUACAGCGGGAUGCUCCAUGGGUUCAAGCCUCACCUCCCUGCCGGUCCUUGUGGUUGAAGAACCAGUGUAGGUAUCAGAAAUACUCUAGAGCCCCAAGGUCUCCCAGUCUAGACUGUUCUCUCCUGGUGGCUUUCUGCCCUUCUCACGUGGGCAGCUUCUGGGUGGUACACAGUGAGCCCUUGCACCCAGUCCUGCAUUGUACAGCCCCAGCUCUGCCUAACUGGUUUGUGGCCUUGUGCAAUCUCUGCCUCUCUGGCCCUGGGGCCGUCAUUUUUAAAGGGAGGUGAUUUCCACAUUUUUUUCUAGUUUGGAGAUGUAUUUCCCAGCCAUGGAGAUACGCAGUGCUAGGAUGAACCCGGAGAUCCUAGCAAGGAGCUCUCUGAAGACCUCCCUGCUUCCCCCUGGGCCAAGGCCUGGCCUGCCAGCUGUACUUGACUACAGAGUAAGUGAGUGGUAUUCAUCCACCAAAUAGAACAAGUGAAGGCUGGUUCUUUUUUCCUUAAUCUGGAGACAAGCUGCUGCUCUUGUACUAACCGUGCCGAUGCCCGUGUUUACAUAAGUCUGGGAAGGAAGGAGCUUGUGUCCCUGGGAAGAAGACUGUCAAUUGGACCUUGGCAUUAGCCUCAGAACUGCAUUUUAUUUAUUUAUUUAUAAAAAGAACAGGCCAAAGUUCUAGGCUUUGUUUCUAGGUGCUGUUAUCAAAACCCCAGAUGAUUGUCAUAGAAAAUUUGGAACUUUGAGGAAAAUAGCUGGAAUCAUGAAUGACAGUGAGAUAACCUACAGUUGUCAAUGGGGACAAAACUGUAGGCUUCCCCCGACCAGCCCUAGCCUUUGAGGCUAUAAUUGAUAUCCUAACAGUUCACGUUGCUUCACGGGAACUUAAACUCUGCCACUGGUGCAGUAUGCUGAAGGGACGCAGACCUGUUCUGAGUGGAUAACAAAUGACUCUGGAAGAGGAAUUUUCCAUCGUGUGAAUCCAGGUAAAAAGAUGAAAAAAAGUGUUUCUUCAUGUGACUCCAAAGGACAAGAAUAGCAGACCAGCCAACAAGGUGGCCUUGGGCACAUCACUCAGCCUUUCUGGACCCAUUUAUUCCCCAGCAAAAGCAAAGAUGGACUGAAUUUCUGGGGUUCUUGUCAGUGCACAUUCCGUGGUUCUCCUGUGCUUGGUGAUAAGCCAGUUUAAGGACCGUCUCUGUAUCGACCCUCAGUGUUGUACAGGCAAAACAAAGAGCCUGUUUUCUGUCAGCGGCCACCAAAUAAUCAACAGCCACGAAUGGAUUUUUUUUUAAGAGGGGCUAUCCAGCUCAAUUUGCUUUCUAGUUGAGAAUAGAGAUUGUGUGCCUUCAUUUCCUUUGACAUUUACCUGGAAUGCUUCAGUUCCAUAGCGCAGCCAGUGGAGGAAGAGGCACCAAGCAGGCAGGUAGGCGGGAAGCUCCAAAGUCCAGAGUGUGAUCAUUGGAAGAGUGGCCAGCUGCGCUCUUGGGCUGCAGGUACAUCGGAGUAGAGUCACUGUUCUUUGAAAUGCCGAUUCACUUUCUGCAGUAAGAAAUGAUUUAUCUGCUUUUAUAUUAAAAAUUUAGGGAAUGACUUCGGUUUUAGAGUAACCUUUGAAACUUUGCUGGCAACUUUUCACUUUGUCAUUGGAAGGGUAAGAAACUAUACACCUUUGUUCUGUGAACUCCUCCUUUUUCUCCAUUGCUUGAAGAAAAACCGUAAAAGAAAAACCUUAGACAAUUUAACUUUAAUGGAGCUUAAUUGAGCAGAAACUUCAUGAACUGGGUAGCACGCAGGACCCAAAGCAGUUCAGAAUGCCCCGUUCCACAAUGUGUGCAGGAUGUAUUUAUAGCCAGAGAAAGGGAAACGACAUACAGAGACAGCCUGAUUCCCCGCAGUCUGGCGUUUGCCUUACUUGGAUAUGUUUGGCAGCCUAGCCUGCAAUUGUCCCAAGGUUCACUGCUAUGAUUGGCUGAAACUUGGCUACUUGCUAUAAGAGCAUGCUUUUAGAUGAGUUUAUGGCUCACUAUGUACUGAGGCAGCUUUAAGCCAAACUUAAUUCAGUUUAAUGAUUUCCCCCUCUUUUGGUUAGCCUCUCAAUUUUGAUUGACUGACACCACCUCCUGUCACCAUCGUCAUGGACUUUUUGAUCUCAGUAUGGAAUUCAAAGUUUACAAUGUUAAAUUAGAUGAUUCUUUGUGUCUUUAUGUUUUUGUAAUUCUAACUGAAAUGAGACCAUUUGAGAUACAAAGGAUGGGUGCAGAUGAGUAUUUAAGACUGCAACACAUCAGUGAGGCCAUGAUGAUGGCUCUCAGGAGGAUAACACCAAGAGCUGAAGUACAUUCCUUAACAGGAGUCUCCACAAACCAAACUGAUCAGAAUCAAACAACUCAAAUUCAGACGAUAAAAAUAGUUCAACAGUA